UAAGCCUCAGUCGUGAUGUAUAUUUCCACCCCCCCCCCGCCCCCCCAUCUCCUUAUCUCCUUUAGACUCCAGGCUCGCAUAGCUCAUAGGAUACAAGAACUGGAGAACCUGCCUGGCUCCCUGCCACCAGAUUUACGAACCAAAGCAACUGUGGAGCUGAAAGCACUUCGCUUACUCAAUUUCCAGCGUCAGCUGAGACAAGAGGUGGUAGCCUGCAUGCGUCGGGACACGACGCUGGAGACGGCCCUCAACUCCAAGGCCUACAAACGGAGCAAGCGCCAGACGCUGAGGGAGGCCCGCAUGACAGAGAAGCUGGAGAAGCAGCAGAAGAUCGAGCAGGAGAGAAAGCGUCGGCAGAAGCACCAGGAGUACCUGAACAGUAUUCUGCAGCAUGCGAAAGACUUUAAGGAGUACCAUCGGUCCGUGGCCGGGAAGAUCCAGAAGCUGUCCAAAGCAGUGGCGACGUGGCAUGCCAACACCGAAAGAGAGCAGAAGAAGGAGACGGAGCGGAUCGAGAAGGAGAGGAUGCGAAGGCUGAUGGCUGAAGAUGAAGAGGGUUACAGAAAACUGAUUGAUCAAAAGAAAGACAGGCGUUUAGCUUACCUUUUGCAGCAGACUGAUGAGUAUGUGGCCAACUUGACCAACCUGGUUUGGGAGCACAAGCAAGCCCAAGCUGCCAAAGAGAAAAAGAAGAGGAGGAGGAAGAAGAAGAAGGCUGAAGAGCUUGCCGAGGGAGGCGAGUCUGCCCUGGGACCAGACGGAGAGCCCAUAGAUGAAAGCAGUCAGAUGAGCGACCUCCCUGUCAAAGUGACUCACACGGAAACUGGCAAGGUCCUGUUCGGACCAGAAGCGCCCAAAGCAAGUCAGCUGGACGCCUGGCUGGAGAUGAACCCUGGUUACGAAGUCGCCCCCCGGUCUGACAGUGAAGAGAGUGAUUCUGACUACGAGGAGGAGGAUGAAGAAGAAGAGUCCAGUCGGCAGGACACGGAAGAGAAAAUACUUCUGGACCCAAACAGUGAAGAGGUCUCUGAGAAGGAUGCUAAGCAGAUCAUUGAGACGGCGAAGCAGGAUGUGGAUGAUGAGUACAGCAUGCAAUACAGUGCAAGGGGCUCGCAGUCCUACUACACGGUGGCCCACGCCAUCUCAGAGAGGGUGGAGAGGCAGUCCGCCCUCCUCAUCAACGGGACCCUGAAGCAUUAUCAGCUCCAGGGCCUGGAAUGGAUGGUUUCCCUGUAUAAUAACAAUUUGAACGGGAUCUUAGCUGAUGAAAUGGGGCUAGGAAAGACCAUACAGACCAUUGCGCUCAUCACUUAUCUGAUGGAGCACAAAAGACUCAAUGGCCCCUAUCUCAUCAUUGUUCCCCUUUCGACACUGUCUAACUGGACAUAUGAAUUUGACAAAUGGGCUCCUUCUGUGGUGAAAAUUUCUUACAAGGGCACCCCUGCCAUGCGCCGCUCCCUUGUCCCCCAGCUGCGGAGUGGCAAAUUCAACGUCCUCUUGACUACUUAUGAGUACAUUAUCAAAGACAAGCACAUUCUUGCAAAGAUUCGGUGGAAAUACAUGAUCGUGGAUGAAGGCCACCGAAUGAAGAAUCACCACUGCAAGCUGACUCAGGUCUUGAACACUCACUAUGUGGCCCCCAGAAGGAUCCUGCUGACCGGGACCCCGCUGCAGAAUAAGCUCCCGGAACUCUGGGCCCUCCUUAACUUCCUCCUCCCCACAAUUUUUAAGAGCUGCAGCACAUUUGAACAGUGGUUUAAUGCUCCAUUUGCCAUGACUGGAGAAAGGGUGGACUUGAAUGAAGAAGAAACUAUCCUGAUCAUCAGGCGUCUGCAUAAGGUGUUGAGGCCAUUUUUAUUGAGGAGGCUGAAGAAAGAAGUUGAAUCCCAGCUGCCAGAAAAAGUUGAAUAUGUGAUCAAGUGUGACAUGUCAGCGCUGCAGAAGAUUCUGUAUCGCCACAUGCAAGCCAAAGGGAUCCUCCUCACAGAUGGUUCUGAGAAAGAUAAGAAGGGGAAAGGAGGCGCCAAGACACUUAUGAACACUAUUAUGCAGUUGAGAAAAAUCUGCAACCACCCAUAUAUGUUCCAACACAUCGAGGAAUCCUUUGCUGAGCACCUGGGCUAUUCAAAUGGGGUCAUCAAUGGGGCUGAGCUGUACCGAGCCUCGGGGAAGUUUGAGCUGCUCGAUCGGAUUCUGCCCAAACUGAGGGCCACCAAUCACCGCGUGCUGCUGUUCUGCCAGAUGACGUCGCUCAUGACCAUCAUGGAGGACUACUUUGCUUUUCGGAACUUCCUCUACCUUCGCCUGGACGGCACCACCAAGUCUGAGGACCGAGCUGCUCUGCUGAAGAAAUUCAACGAACCGGGGUCCCAGUAUUUCAUCUUCUUGCUGAGCACCCGAGCUGGCGGCCUGGGCUUGAACCUCCAGGCGGCUGACACCGUGGUCAUCUUUGACAGCGACUGGAACCCUCACCAGGAUCUGCAGGCGCAGGACCGGGCUCACCGCAUCGGCCAGCAGAACGAGGUCCGGGUGCUGAGGCUGUGCACCGUCAACAGCGUGGAGGAGAAGAUUCUCGCGGCUGCCAAGUACAAGCUGAACGUGGACCAGAAGGUGAUCCAGGCGGGCAUGUUUGAUCAGAAGUCUUCGAGCCACGAGCGGAGGGCGUUCCUGCAGGCCAUCCUGGAGCACGAAGAGGAAAACGAGGAGGAAGACGAGGUGCCGGACGACGAGACCCUCAACCAAAUGAUUGCUCGACGAGAGGAAGAAUUUGACCUUUUUAUGCGCAUGGACAUGGACCGGCGGAGGGAGGACGCCAGGAACCCCAAGCGCAAGCCCCGCCUGAUGGAGGAGGACGAGCUGCCCUCCUGGAUCAUUAAGGACGACGCCGAGGUUGAGCGGCUCACGUGCGAGGAGGAGGAGGAGAAGAUCUUCGGCCGGGGGUCCCGCCAGCGCCGGGACGUGGACUACAGCGACGCCCUCACGGAGAAGCAGUGGCUGAGGGCCAUUGAAGACGGCAAUUUGGAAGAAAUGGAAGAGGAGGUGCGGCUCAAGAAACGAAAAAGACGAAGAAAUGUGGAUAAAGAUCCCGCCAAAGAAGACGUGGAAAAGGCCAAGAAGAGAAGAGGCCGCCCUCCAGCCGAGAAACUGUCCCCAAAUCCCCCCAAACUGACCAAGCAGAUGAACGCCAUCAUUGAUACCGUAAUAAACUACAAAGAUAGGUGUAACGUGGAGAAGGUGCCCGGUAAUUCUCAGUUGGAAAUAGAAGGAAACAGUUCAGGGCGGCAGCUCAGUGAAGUAUUCAUUCAGUUACCUUCAAGGAAAGAAUUACCAGAAUACUAUGAACUAAUUAGGAAGCCGGUGGAUUUCAAAAAAAUAAAGGAAAGGAUUCGUAAUCACAAGUACCGGAGCCUGGGUGACCUGGAGAAAGAUGUCAUGCUUCUCUGUCACAACGCUCAGACGUUCAACUUGGAGGGAUCCCAGAUCUAUGAAGACUCGAUCGUCUUACAGUCCGUGUUCAAGAGCGCUCGGCAGAAAAUUGCCAAAGAGGAAGAGAGCGAGGAAGACAGCAAUGAGGAGGAGGAGGAGGAAGAUGAAGAGGAGUCGGAGUCGGAGGCAAAAUCUGUCAAGGUGAAAAUCAAGCUCAAUAAGAAAGACGAGAAAGGUCGGGGCAAAGGCAAGAAAAGGCCGAAUCGAGGGAAGGCGAAGCCCGUGGUGAGCGAUUUCGACAGCGAUGAGGAGCAGGAGGAAAAUGAACCGUCAGAAGCAAGCGGAACUGAUGAUGAGUGAUGAGUGUGGACCUUUUUUUCCUCGGUAGAAUGGAUUUCCUUCUCCCCUCUCUCAUUUCUGCCCAGUGAGUUCAUUUGUCCUAUGGGCACUGGGUUGUUUCUGUAUCAUCUUCAUCUAUAAACGAGCUUUAGGAUAGUGCCAGACAAACAUAUGAUAUCAUGGUGUAAAAACACACGUACGUACACACACACACACACGUAACAUAUUGUGACCAAAUGGGCCUCAAAGAUUCAAAGAUUAAAACAAACAAAGCUUUUGAUGGAAAAUAUGUGGGUAGAUAGUAUAUUUCUAUGGGUGGGUCUAAUUUGGUAACGUUUGAUUGUGCCUGGUUUUACCACCUGUUGAGAUGAGAAGAUUUUUGUCUUUUUGUAGCACUGAUAACCAGGAGAAGCCAUUAAAAGCCACUGGUUAUUUUAUUUUUCAUCAGGCAAUUUUCAAACUUUUUAUUUGUUUGGUAUUGUUUUGUUUGUUUUUUUACACUGUGGUACAUAUAAGCGACUUUAAUAGGUGAUAAGUGUACAGUAAUUAGAUUUCACCUGCAUAGACAUUUUUCCAUUUUAUGCUCUCUGAUCUGAAAAAAAAUGCUUUUUGAACUGUAUAAGAUUUAUGUCUACUGUAAACAUUGCUUAGUUUUUUUUUGGCUCUUGAUUUUAAAAAAAAGUUUUGAAAGCGCUAUUGAAUAUUGCAGUCUCUCUAGUGUAUUGGAUGGCUCUUCCCGUCACACCGAUCUCCUGUGUUCCCUGUGUCGUCUCCUUCUCCCCAAAGUGUACUUAAUCUUUGCUUUCUUUGCACAAUGUCUUUGGUUGCAAGUCAUAAGCCUGAGGCAAAUAAAAUUCCAGUAAUUUCCAAGAAUGUGGUGGUGGUGCUUUCCUAAUAAAGAGACAAUUUAGCUCUACAAA